UCACUUUCUCUCCCCUGCGCAGUGGUUGCGACGAGGCAAAAAGAAAGGGAAAGACAGAAAGGGAAAGAAAAAAAUGCAUGAAAUAUCCCCCCGUGUUUCGUUUCGAUUCCAGGGGUCAGCCCGGCCGGUCAUGGCCGCCCCGUCGCAUGCCAUGGUUGGGUUUCCCGCUUCCGUCACCUGUCAUCAUCAUCAUCAUCAUCAUCUCAUCUACUCCGGGACGUCAUCUGCCAGUGAUGUACGGGCAUCUCCCUCCCCCAAUCUCCAACAAACUCGCCCGCCCGGCACAGUUACCCAAGAGAGGGCUCGGCAUUGCCUAUCACCAUCAUUCAUUCAUGUGCCCAGUGCCCAAUCAACCAGUACGAAAAGGAGAAAGGGGGUGUGUGGGCGGAUGACAUCAAUCUUAAUUUGCCAUUUUAUGGGAUGGGGGACCCUGGCUGUUUUUGCAGUGCGGUGUACCCUCAAUUCAACCUUCACUUCCACUUCGCAUGUCCGUUCUCCCAAGGCGCCUAACAUGCAACCGUCCAACGGCCUCUGUCUCGCGCCAAUUUGCCUCCCAUUUCGCCCUCGUCGAACCCGCUUCCAGGAAAAAGAAAGCAAAGGCACGCGCCAACUCGCAGGGUGUCGUCCGCUAAAACCCCUUAGUCGGCUUCCGUCGUCGGGUCCCGCACGCGCCUAUCCCCAAACCGAUCGAUCCUGCACGCUGCACUGACUGAUGAUAGACGCUGGGGGCCACAGUCAUGCCAUGGACCGUGGUAAUUAGUUUGUCUGGAGUUCUCUACUAUGUACACAUGAUGGUAGCGGAAGCAUGGACUCGGUGCGUGGCCCUGCCUGCCGACCGCCCGUUCUAGCUUUCCCUUUCUCAGAAACUUGGUGGUGAACAUCCACCAUCCACAAGAUCAAUCCCUUGUUACACCUCCUUUAUGCCAUGUCGUAGCCCUGUCGGAUAAUCUCUUC